AUGGGUUCAGGUUCCAGCAUCCGAUGUUUGGAGUGUACCAAACCAUCUUACGGACGAUGUGAUUUUUGUAAUUACCGUUACUGUUUAUCGCACUUUCGGAAACACGGAUGCGCUGCUAAUGUUGGUUAUAAAGCAAUGGUUGUUCGAUGUACACCAAAAUGCAGUUCGUGUUAUAAAGAUGCUGUUGGAGACUGUCAAGGAUGCGGCGUCAACAUUUGUCCUCCAUGCUUCUAUUCGCGACAUGAGCGAAGAUGCUUUUGA